UUCCCGGAACAGGCAUGCCUGCGGGGAUGCGCGACUUACCGGUUGGUCAUCCCAGCAAGGCGCCGCCGUCCUCCAUAGCAUGCCGUUCGCUCCUCUACAUCCCCGGAUUGUAUGCUACUAUGCGUGCUGACUCGUAGCGUGCCGCUUCGCUCGUCGAGGUUCUACACUCGAUGAAGCGAUGGCGUGCCCCUCCCCCGCUUCCUGCAAAAGCGGCAUCUCCACAGCGCAAUGUGGGGCAUGGGGCCUCAAGAAGCUUGACUGCGCGCUCUGUGGGCUGGAUAUCGUGUCUGAUUGAUCUUUGCGAUGCCUGUGUUUCUCGUUUGGGCCCGUCGCAGCGAGUUUGGGUCCGAGUGCCGAAGCGGAUACCUGAGGAUAGCGCAGGGGAAGACAUCCUUCCGUAGCAUUGCGCUCUACCUAGUCUGACGUGCGCCUU